UAAUUAUGAUCGAACUUCACUGUGUUCGUUUGAUCAUCAAUAAAUAUAUAAAUCAACUCAUUUUAAAGGGUCAUGUAGUAAAUAGUUUUGAAAACAUUUAAUGCGUUAUUAUCAAGUUUAUUUCAAUUGUUAAUUCUACACUGAAUUAUAUUAAAUAAAACACUAAAAUGGGUGGAGGAGAUUUGAAUUUAAAAAAAUCCUGGCAUCCAUCCACAAUGAAAAACAUGGAAAGAGUUUGGAAAGCAGAGCAGCAAGACAAUGAGGAAAAAAAACGUAUUGCUGAGUUAAAAAAAGAAAUAGCUAUGGAAAAAGACAAAGAAGAGUUGCAAUCGUUAGCAAUGGAGAAGAAAGAUAAUCACAAAUUGGACUGGAUGUAUAAGGAACACAAUACCGUUGAUCGAGAACAAUAUUUACUUGGACGAUCUGUUGACAAACAAUUUGAAGAUAUGGCUCAAGCUGAAAAAGCUGCAGAACAAAAUAAGAUAGGGAAAAAUCAUGUAGAGCAUGAGUGCAUACCACCAUCAAUUAGAAACUUUCAAGGGGAUGAACAAGUUGAUUUAGCAAGAAAGUUGCAAGAAGAUCCUCUUUACGCUAUCAAAAAAAAAGAAACUGAAUCACGUGCACAACUUUUAAAAAAUCCAGUCAAAUUGAAGCAGUUGCGCCAAUUGUUGGAGCAAGAAAAAAGGGAAGCAAAAGAGAGCAAAAUGUCUAAAAAACGAAAAUCAUCAGAUCAGGAUCUGGAUCAUUUGUUAGCUGCAAAGUUUAAAAAAUUGAAACAUAAAAUAAGUGAAGAAGACCUUAUCAAGUCUAUAAAAAAACACAAAAAACAAAAAAAACAGAAGAAAAAGAUAAAUAAAAACAGUAGCGAUGAUAGUAAUUCCAGCAGCGAAUCAGAUGAACCUAGAAAGAAAAUAUCAAAAAAACAUGAAAGAAAGUCACGUCAUUGUGAUUUAAACAAUGAAUCAAAUGAGCCUAGAACAAAAUCAUUCAAUAAAUAUGAGAGCAAGUUACAUAAUCAUAAUUCAAGCAGUGAAUCUGAUGAUCAUAGAAAGCAUAAAGAACGAUGGUAUGAAAAAAUAGAUACAAAGAGACAUAGUGAUGAAUAUAAAUCAGGUGGAAUGAAAUUUUCAUUAAAUAGAGAUUCAUUACCAUGUAUAAAUAAUAAAACUCAAGUAAAAGAAAUAAAUAAAAAGCAGAAAUGGAUCCCACCUAAAAGAACGAAACUUUCUGAAACAGAAAAAGAAAGGCGAAGACAAGAAAUGUUAUCUAAUGCCAGUGAACGUGACAAACAACGUAAAAUAAAUGUCAAAAAGUAUGAAGAAGAAGAAAGAAAAGAAGCAGUUAAUCAGGAAGUAUUCGAUAAAGCUUUUAUACAAAAACAUCUGGCUAAAGCUGCCAAUAAAGAAACUGUUUCAUCUAGGAUUAAAUCAAAUAUAAAUCACAUACAACGGUCUAAUUAUUCAAUGGAUAAGAAUUUUGCUAGAAGAUAGCAUUAAAGGAUAUACGGAUAAUCAU